ACUCCUGGUGUAGAAGCCGACUGGUCCAGAGUCCAGGCAGACCAAACAGGUUGCUUCGCAGAAGCCAAAGGAACAGAGGCGGGGGAGAGCCUCCACCGCCCACCGCUCAGCCCCAUGGAGUACGUCAGCUCCUUGGCCCCAUCUGCUCUGUUAAGGUCAGUAUCAAACGCAGGAUCAGGCCUCACCCGACGCGUCUGGGCCCCAAGUCCCCCACCCCAAAGGCCUUUCCGGGUUUGCGACCACAAGCGCAGCAUCCGCAAGGGGCUGACGGCGGGGACGUUGAAUGAACUGCUAACCAAGGCCACGGAGACAUUGCUGAUCUCUGGAAUAGUUUCUUUGGUGCUGGAGGAAGAUGGCACAGUGGUGGAGAGUGAAGAGUUCUUUCAAGCUCUGGAUGAUAACAGCGCCCUGAUGCUGCUGAGGAAGGAUCAGAAGUGGAGCCCUGGAAAGGGUGGCAGCUGGUCACAUGCACUGAGCCGAGAGAAGCCCCGGAACAGCCGGGACAUUGCCCGCAUUACUUUUGACAUUUACAAACUCAACCCCCGCGACCUCUUUGGCAGCCUCAAUAUUUCAGCAACGUUCUACGGGCUCUACUCCAUGAGCUGCGACUUCAAGUGCCUGGGGCCCAAGAAAGUGCUCAGGGAGAUACUGCGCGUGGCCUCCAGCAUCAUGCAAGGGGUCGGGCACAUCCUCUUGGGAGCCUCUCACUACAUCCGUCGCCUCCUAGAGGGUGGCGAAAGCUGGCACUCGCCCACCCGGCUGCGUGCCUAUGAAGACUGAGGUCUCCCUCCCGCUUCCUUCCCUGAGACACCAAGGCAGAACUUCCUUACUGCAACCCCACCAGAAUCACAGGGCUGCGAUUUGAACAGGGACGACGAUUAAAUGGAGCCAGUCUGGCGUAGCGGUUAAGAGCGGCAGGACUCUCAUUUGGAGAGCCAGGUUUGAUUCCCCGCUCCUCCACGUGAAGCCAGCUGGGUGACCUUGGGUCAGUCACAGCUUCUCAGAGCUCUCUAAGGCCCACCCACCUCGCAGGGUGAUUGUUGUGAGGAUAAUAACAACUCACUUUGUAAACCA